AUGAGAGCUACCAUCUUGACUUUGAAGCGCGGCUACUCUCUGUCUGUAUCGAAGCCGAGUUGUUAUUCACCGCUUGCACGUACUGUUGUCCCACUUGGACGAGUUGGUUGCUGUUUGGCAGGCUGUGGCUCCCACCAUGUCUCCUCCUCCUCCUCAUUCUACAGUCGCACCCCAUCACGCUUGAAGCCCGUCCAUCAGCGUCAAUACCAUGCCAGUACUCCCCUUCAUGACGAUCCAACAAUCUAUGCUCUUUCAACUGCCCCAGGACGAGCGGCGAUUGCAGUAAUACGCAUCUCUGGCUCAGCAUGUCGACAGAUAUACCAUGCACUCUGUCCAUCUGCUGCAUUUCCCAAACCUCGUCAGGCAACUCUCAGGAAACUGUACACUCCAAACAUUUCACCCUCGCCUGCGACUCUACUCGACUCAGGUGCACUCGUCCUGUACUUUCCUGCGCCCAGCACUGUAACUGGCGAAGAUCUCCUUGAAUUACAUGUGCACGGUGGCCCCGCAAUUGUUCGUGCAGUACUGGCUGCAAUACCUGCGUGCACAAAGGUAGCAGAUGCAGUUUCCGGAGGAACAGCUGCCGCCCAGAUACGUUAUGCAGAACCGGGAGAGUUCACGCGUCGCGCCUUUGCGAACAACCGCAUGGAUCUACCUCAGAUUGAAUCGCUGGGCGAAACGCUCUCUGCAACCACUGAAGAACAGCGUAAGCUGUCUGUUCGCGGCACCACUUCCUCGCUCGCGGCGCGGUACGAGCAAUGGCGCAUGUUGCUCUUGGCUGCUCGGGGAGAGCUUGAGGCCCUGAUCGACUUCUCAGAGGACCAGCAUUUCGAUGAGUCUCCAGCGGUACUGUGUGCCUCUGUCGCGAAGCAGGUUCAUAGUCUGCGUAUUCAUAUGGAAGCGCACGUCGCUAAUGCGGUUCGCGGAGAGUUGUUGCGAAAUGGGAUAAGUGUGGCUCUACUUGGAGCACCCAAUGCAGGAAAGAGUAGCUUGCUCAAUCGUAUUGUUGGGAGAGACGCCGCGAUUGUGUCCCAUGAAGCUGGCACAACCAGAGACGUCGUCGAAGUCGGUCUCGACCUGGGAGGUUGGCUCGUAAAGAUGGGGGAUAUGGCUGGGUUACGUAGGGCUGGUCUUCUGGGUGAAGAGAGUGUCGGGGCUAUUGAGAAAGAGGGCAUCAGACGGGCGAAGCAGCGAGCGUUCGAGUCUGAUGUCUUGGUCGUUGUCCAGGACGCCACUACCGAGAUGGAUCCCGAAGUGAUGGAGACGGCCAAGCAAUGCGUGGGCAUGGGCAUCAGCGUUUUGGUUGCGAUCAACAAGUGUGACCGACUCACUGAACCCGACAGUGCACAUGCUGCCUGGCGUGCAGUACUUCAGCCCAGUCUGGGUAUCUCGAACAAUCAGGUCUCCUUUGUGUCCUGCAAAGAGGCCACCCCAUCCAAUGCCGGCGAUAUGCAGGCCUUUCUGAACAACCUUCUCAACACCUUCAGAACCAUGACCUCCGCACUGGUGCCUGAUUCCGACCCCGAUCCUUCCAUUUGGCAAGAAUCCCUAGGCGCAACUGAACGUCAACGCGUCCUUCUUUCGGAAUGUCUCAUUUACCUCGAUACCUUCCUCACCACUGUCUCAGCAGAUGGCUCUGAAGAGGAGGAAGUCGACGUUGUAGUUGCCGCAGAAUCCCUCCGCUCUGCAGCCGAAGCACUGGGGCGGAUCACUGGCCGGGGCGAAAGCGGCGAUGUGGAGGAAGUUCUAGGCGUCGUGUUUGAAAAGGAGCCCCGGUAUAAGGCGUUCCGACCCUAUGUCUGUGCACUUUUGGCCCCCAUGACGAGGAGCGCUGUACAUGUAUACAUGCAGCGUAAGAUCGCCACCUGUGAGGCUCUGCUCAGGGUCAGCCACAAUGGAAUUAGAGUGCUCGACGUCCGUGCUGGUGGUGCAGGCAGUCGUAGACGAAUGAUGGCAUUCCCCGACUUCGCCUGUUUUGUGUCGGCAAGUAAACGACAUGGGCGUUUACCGAGGACGUUUGAAUUGAAAAGCACGGCAGCACGAGGCACUGCACGACCGGUCAAUGGCGAUCGGUAUGGUGUGGAGUUAUGCUACGGCUUCGGGAGUCCAGACGGUUUCAACUCAAAGGCCGAGUCAUAUGGCCGGCCUUGUCGUAUUGGGGGGAGGUGGUAG